AAGAUUCAAACUCUCCCGUGCACAAUUUUACUGAGAAACUCCUCGGGGGUAAAGACUUCCCCUUCGCUCUGCUGUCCCGUCUCUUUGAUUCCUGAACCCCACCCAGGCAUUCCGCAGUGGCUGGCCGUCGCUGGCUCGCCGCUACUUCGGCCCUUUCGCCGGUGACGAUAACCCACCAGUUAUCCGAGGGAAAAUUUUCUAUGUGCUGAUUGGAAUGGCGAGUACAGCAUGCUUUGUAAUAAUUGUCAGUAAGAAUGAUAUCCCAAUCUACGAGGCAGAAGUUGGAUCUGCACCCAAAAAAGAGGAUUUGUCUUAUCACCAUCAGUUUAUCCUGCAUGCUGCGUUAGAUGUUGUUCAGGACCUAGCAUGGACCACAAAUGCAAUGUCCCUGAAGUCAGUUGAUAGAUUCAAUGACCUUGUGGUGUCUGUUUAUGUAACUGCUGGUCAUACCAGAUUCAUGUUGCUUCAUGACUCACGCAGUGAAGAUGGAAUAAAAAGCUUUUUUCAAGAGGUCCAUGAGCUUUACAUCAAGAUAUUCCUGAACCCGCUUUACCUGCCCGGCUCUCGCAUCACAUCAUCCCAUUUUGAUACCAAGGUCAGGGCCCUCGCAAGGAAGUACCUGUAAUACACGGGCAUGCAUGAAGGGUUUCCUAAGCUUUGCAUCUCGUAAGCACAAGGCUGAGCUAGUUUCGCUUCGAUCUUUUUAGGCUUUCUUUUUGUUUGAUAUAUUCCGCGCAUAAAAUGCCCCUUUGCUCCAGAUUAUCCUUGCAUAAAUGCCUGUCCCUGUUAUGCAUAAUAAACAAAGCGUGUU